CGGCCGCUCCGCGCUCCCGUCGCUCGCUCCCGCCUCCCGGCCGCGCGCCGCCCGCCCCGAUGAGCUCGUACUUCGUCAACCCGCUGUACUCCAAGUACAAGGCGGCGGCGGCGGCGGCGGCGGCGGCGGCGGCGGCGGCGGGCGAGGCCAUCAAUCCCACUUACUACGACUGUCACUUUGCACCCGAUGUCAGCGGCCGCCACGCCGCCGCCCUGCAGCUCUAUAGCAACAGCGCCGCGGGCUUCCAGCAGCCGCAGCAGCCGCCGCCGCAGCAGCAGCAGCAGCAGCCGCAGCAUCCGCACCCAGGGCCCGCGGGCGGCGGAGGCAGCCAGGACUAUUACCACCCCUCCGGAGGGAGCCCGGCCUCUGCCUACCAGCCUCCCCCUCCGCAUCCUCCCCCCUGCAGCGGGAUUGCCUGUCACGGGGAGCCCGCUAAAUUUUACGGAUACGAUAACUUACAGAGACAGCCGAUUUUUACGACCCAGCGAGAGGCCGAGCUGGUACAAUAUCCUGACUGUAAAUCGUCCAGUGGUAAUAUUGGCGAAGACCCAGACCACUUAAAUCAGAGCUCGUCUCCUUCUCAAAUGUUUCCCUGGAUGAGACCGCAAGCAGCUCCCGGUAGGAGGAGAGGACGACAAACAUACAGUCGUUUCCAAACACUAGAGCUGGAAAAGGAAUUCCUUUUUAACCCUUAUCUGACCAGGAAGAGAAGGAUUGAGGUUUCUCACGCCCUAGGACUCACCGAGAGGCAGGUAAAGAUAUGGUUUCAGAACAGGAGAAUGAAAUGGAAAAAAGAGAACAACAAGGACAAAUUCCCCGCUUCCAGACAGGAGGGAAAGGAAGGGGAGGCCAAAAAGGAAGCUCAGGAUCUGGAUGAAGACAGACCUGAAGGCCAGACAAAUUAAGUUUUGCCUUUCCAAAUUUGCCAUAGACUGUUAAAAAUAAUGAUCGACCUAAGCAGAGGAACGCCACCUGUUUUCUGUGUUGUAAAGGACUCUGCCUGUUUUUCAAGCUACCUUAAUGUCGCUGCUCUUGACGUUUCUGUGCUUUGUGAGGUGUUUGGGGUAUUUUUUUUUUAAUUUUACAGGCACAAUAGAGAAACGCCAUGUCUUCUUUACACGGAAAUUUGAUACUGACUUUGUAGCAAUACUUUUUUAAAAGGUAAUUUUUAAUGUUUGAGUUGGUGAUUUCCCUCAACAACAUAAACUUCCUAAUGAUAAGAGUCUUUAAUUGAACAAAAAUGCUUUAUUAAUCAAACCAAGUGCACUUGAACCAUUUUAAACUUUAUCCUUGUGGUGAGUAAAUUAAAAGAAAUCUAAGAGUUUUUGAAAACAUGUCGACGAAAAGAUUUACUUUAUAUUACUGAUAUUGAUUAGAGUAAAAUGAAAAUGUAUUAUUUAUGUUUUCUUAGAGCUUUUUUAAUGAAUCGUUUCCUAUGCCAUUUGUUUACUCCUAAAAAAAAUCUUUCUGCAUUUUAAUAUAUGGAAUAUCUCGGGGAAAUUUGGGGCCCAGUAUCUUUAAAGCACACAUUAAACCAAGAGUGCAUUCUCUAGCCUCGGAAGAUCGAAUCCACUUAAAUUUAUGGAAAUGCACUAGUGGCAGAAGUCUCAUGACGAUGUCGAAAUUGAAAUUUAAUCUUUUUCUAUAGUCCUUGCGAGUGAAAUAACUUUGAGGAAAUUAAAUGAAUGAAUACUUGAAAAGCGAACUGAUGCCGUUCUCAAUCAUUACUCUCCCCUCCGGCCGAUCGCACCAUCCAAACAUUGUUCCUGAACUUCCCACUUACUUUCAGUUUAAACUGCUGUUGUUAUUGCCUAAAGUCGCUGGGUAUUUAUACACCGCCUCAGUUGUUAUUUUCCUCUGGGUUUAAUAGAUGCCACAUUCAUCUCUUAUAUCUGCACUCUGUUGUCGAGAUCAUUUUGAGCCAACUUAAACUGCGGGUUCACUGAGUCGUUCGGUACGUCUUCGUGCUGUUAAUCCAUGAAAACCAUGGCAAUGCCUAUUGGAAAUGAACACUGUGAGCUAUCGUCUGAAUUCAGUGUAAACAACUACUAGUUGAAUAUCUCUCCCUUUAAUAAAAAAGUGGAUGUCUUUCAUUAAA